AUGUUAGCUCGGUGGACGAUGCCUUUGGCACGGACAGCGUUCCGUCAAAAACGAUUUGCGUCUACUCCGAAGGAGGUGUUCACCAACAUUGAGGAUGAAAGUGACCCAAAAAGAGCGUCGCUUUUCGAGUACAGCUGGGGUUCCUGGCUCAAGGACGAUGCUGCUGAAAAGGAAAAGAGACGCACCCAGUUCUCUAUCAAGGGCCUCAACACUGUUCUUUCGAGCAUCCUCAAGCCCUUUGAAGGGUCCGUCUUGGUGCAGCCUUCAAAUAACGUGAACGUGAUCAAGAGCAACCUGGAUGUGCUGAAGGAAGGAUUUUCACAGAUCAAGCAAAUUAGUUCGAUUCACGAGGGAAAACACCACCGGAUCUACAAGCUGCAAUUGGACAACCAGGAGUCCAAUCUGGUGCUGAGAAUCCCAUACUCGUUGGAGUCGCCGCUGUACACCGAGCGCAAGAUCAAGUCUGAGGCUGCCACAAUGGACUUCCUCACCACCAAGCUUGAACUGGACGUGCCUCGGGUGCUUGCGUACUCUGGUGUUGCUGAUAACGUUCUGGGAUGUCCUUUCAUGUUGCUGGAGCACAAGGACGGCGACCUGUUGAUGAAGAGCUGGAACCCAUUGAUUCCAGGAGCCAUCAACGAGGAAAAGUCCAAAGAAGAGCUGAUGAAGGUGAUUUCUCCGAUUGCCGAGUUCAACUCUAAAGUGCAAACCCCAACGUUCAACAGCUUUGGAUCGCUCUACUUCAAGCAGGACGGGUUCAGCCACAUCACUGAGGAACCUUACGAGGGAGAGUCCAACGAGGAGCUGAAAGGUAGAUGGGUGAUUGGUCCAACCGUUGAAAAGGCCUACUACAGAAACAAGGUUGUUCCGUCCGAAAUCAUUGACCAGCACGUUGGUCCAUGGAAAAAAGAGGAGCCAUUGAAGAUGGUUUCUGAUCUUGCCAACCUGGAGCUCGAGAAUUUGAAGCAAAAGGGCCAGGAACAGGCGGUUGCCGUUUACGGGAAAUUUGCUGCCGUUUCGGAUAAACUGUUUGACUUGAAAAGCAAGAGCAUUCCCAACUUGGAAGAACUGUUAGUUCCCCGGCUAAAUGUUCCAGAUUUGGACCCGAUGAACGUUAUUGUUGGGGAAAAGAAAUGGUUUGUGGACUUUGAAGGAUCCAGUAUCAAGCCAACGUUGCUUACUCAAUAUCCGCGGUUUGUUCAAUACAGCGGCCCCAAGAUCUUUGACCUUGAAAACGAUGUGGAAAACUACUCUGAACUGGACGAGCUGUCCAAGCAGCAGUACCAGUACAUGUUCUACCGCACGCGGAACCAAUUCUACUGGGAGUUGGGGCUAAACGAGGGGAAUAAGAAAUUACUGGGCAUUAUUUCACCGGCUGUGAAAUUAAUCAAAGGAGCAUAUUUAAGUGCCCUUGAUUUAAAAGCAACCGAAGAUUAUCUGUAUGUGGAAAAUGGCCUUGUGGAGCUGAGCACAAUGUGGCCUCAUUACGAACGAAGUGCUAUUGUCUUGGGAAAGAACCCGAUCGAAUUUACCGAGAAGGAGCUUGAAUCACACGAGACAUCAUAUCAGGAAUACCAGGUACUCUUAUCUUCAAUGCCGUUUGCCGCCACCGGCGGCUGGAUCCCGCAGGAUAUGUUUAUCCGGCUGAUUGAGCAGAAAAUUCUUGUGCAAAAAGGCUCUGACUACGAGAUUGAUCGUGAGAAAAUACUGCAAUAG